AUGUUUCGAGCAUCGGGGAGAUUAAGAACGCUUCAGGGGAUCCAUAAACGCUGCUUCUCAAACCUUGGCGUUAAAAAACCGAAAUGUCUACAAAUCCAGCAGCAACGUCAAAUCUUGUUCAAAAUGGGGAAUGAAACGCCUCAUCGGAUUGUGGGAUACUACGUAGUAUUUCCUGUUAUUCCGGAGGAUACCGUGGAAAAUAAUUGUUUUAUGUACAACAUUGCAAAAAAUGAGGAUUGGCCUAAACUGGCAAGUGCCUCACCCAAAGAAAUGUACGAAGGAACCGUGAAAAUGCUCAUGGAAUAUGGUGCAACAUCAAUGGAACACAUGGAACAUCUAGCAACAUUAAAACCCGAAGAAAGAACUUUCGAGAAUGUCGUCGAACCCCUUAUUACCGAAGAAUAUGAAGUCAAUUACGCUUUUCAAACUCUAAUCUUGAAAAUGCUCACAGAUUGGCCGGACUGCAAUCGCAAACUGUUCGACGCCGAUCUUCAUCAUAUUAAAAUUAUGUGCGCAAGAGAUCAAAUGGAGAAAAUCACAAAUAUCGAUUUCCAGGAGGCGAUAAGGCAGCUUUAUGAUAAUAAAGAAGGGCUUGAUGAAUGGCAAAGUAGAUUAUUGGAAUGGUACUUGUUAGAGAUGAAAGCGAGUGGUUUGGAUAAGCAUGACGAGAAAACGCGAAAGCUUUUGGGUUCCUGGAGCAGAUUUAUUGAUGAAUACCGCAGCAAAUAUAUUAAUGGAGUAAUGUCGACGAAUGAUCAGCAAACUUUUGUGGUGAAUGAUAAAAAUAUAAUCAAGGAUGCUCCACCGCAUGUUCUCCAGAAGCUUGCCAUCGAUGAGAACAAUUGGGAGGCUGGACCAUGGCGCGGCAGAAUGACACCCCAUACGAUUUAUCCAUUUAUGCAAUAUUGCUCCGAUCGGCAAUUGCGAGCGACCGCGUGGGAAAAAUGGACAAGCAAAGCUGGAUUUGAUCACGAUUUCUAUAACAAUUCGAUCAAUAUCGAAGAAUUGCGGCAUAAUAAUGAGGGUCUUGCAAAGACAUUGGGAUACGCAUCAGUUGCUGAGCAUCGACUCGCCAACAAAAUGGCCGCUUCACCGCACACUGUGAGGGAAUUCAUUACAGCUCUGACGCGAAGAAUUAGACCAGUGGUUAUUGAUCGCAUGGAAUCCUGGACAGCAUGGGCUCGCCGCAGUGAAUUGCUGAUGGGCGAACUUCAAAUGUAUGAUAUGCCAUAUGUGUGCCGAAAAGAAGCCGAACAGCAUUAUGAUGUGAACCCUCUCGAUUUGAUGAACCAUUUCCCAUUCUGGCCAACAUUCAACAAUAUUACCAAUGUUGUCGGUCACAUAUUCAAUUUAGAGUUCAAGGACGUAAGCGACAAGGGUCUUGAGAAAGCGCACCCUGAUGCGAAAAUUUUUGCGGUUAGCGAUAAAUUCUCCGGAAAACACUAUGGACGGCUCUAUAUUGAUCCAUAUGACCGACAGAAUAAACGUGGUGGAUGGAAUACUCUGUUAGGACGAACGGAGAGCAAGGAACGAGGUUUGGAUAAGAUUGUCUACCUCAUCGGCUCCGCCGUCGCCCCAACUGUCAAUGGUCCGUCGGUUUUGCACCAUCAGCAGCUCCAGCAACUUUUGUUCCAUAUUGGCCGUAGCCUCCAGCUUCUUCUCAGUCAAUCGCCUUAUCGUGAUCUCGCCAUUCCAUGGUCGCCAUUUUACGCAAGCGAUUGGGAUGCCGCCGACAUGUUCCCGACAUUCCUUCAAUUUUUUGUCUAUAAGCCGAAUUUGUUGACGUCAUUGAGCAGCCCGCAUUUGAAAACCGGCCAAGUGCUGACUGAAGAUGCAGCGAAUAGUGUGGCUUUGGCUCUCUCGCGCGCUUCCCUCUGGGACACCUACCGUACACUUUUCUGGUCCGACUUUGAUUUGACGAUUUAUGAGAUGGAAGAUCGCCGCCAGAAAUUCUGGCUCGACAUUUACAAAGAGAUGUACGCCGAGUAUUUUCCGUUCAAACGCGCCAAAAAUGACUAUCAGCCGUGUUCGUUCACACCGAUUUUCGCACUUCAACCGCACAUGUCGAUGUACUACAGGAAAUUGUGGUCCGAGAUGCUCGCAUUGGAUAUCCAUGAGAUGUUUGACGAGGAAAACAAUGAGGUGCAGACUGGCGAACGAUUGAAGACGACGAUUCUACAUUCUGGAGGCGGAGAUGUGGCCAAGGAGCUUUUUAAGAGAUUCCAGGGACGAAAUCCUUCGGUUGGUGCAAUUUGCGACUUCUACUCGCCACCAAUGGCAAUUAUUGAAGAGGAGGAAGAAGAAGUUGUGAAUAAAUAA